AUGUCACAAAUACUGCCGGCAACCAAUACGCCGGUUCAAACACCAUCCGCUGAGAAAUUCUAUGAUGAACAUUUAAGCAACCUGGAUGAACAUAUUGAAGCUAGUAUAGACAACAAAGCCACCAGCCUAAAGCAAAAUGAAGGAGGCAAUGGCAUUGAGGAAAACAAAAAAGACCAAUUUUUGCUAGAUCAACCGCAACAACAACAACAACAACAACAACCAUCUCAUGAACCGCUUUCACCUCCCAACCCAUCACCAACCCCAGAAAAGAGGAAAUUGAAUGAAGAAGAGACUAAUGGUGAAGAGCCAGAGUCCAAGAAAGCUAAAGUGGACGAGGAGGAAGUGGAAACUCAAGAACAAGCUAGCUUAUCAUCUGCAGCCAAUGGAUCCACAGAAGUUGUUGACUCUAACGUGAGCGACAAGCCGCAAGAAAGUGAGGAAAAGAAAGAAGAGCAACAAGAUGCAUCAAAGAAUGAGGACUCUGCAGUCACCAAUGAGACAACAGCAACUCAAACACAACAAAAACAACUUCCUGUAUUUACAGAGCCAGCACCCAAACCACCGGCAGAACCUGAUAUGAACAAUUUACCCGAACAUCCAGUGCCUUCUCAUCAGGCUAAAUUUGCAUUACACACAAUCAAAGCUAUAAAACGUCUCAAAGAUGCUGUGCCAUUUUUAGCACCAGUUGAUACGGUGAAGUUGAAUGUUCCUUUCUAUUACAACUACAUUCCCCGCCCAAUGGAUUUGUUAACUAUUGAGAGGAAGAUCAAUGCUAAUGCAUACGAAGAAAUUUCCCAGGUCGUUGAUGAUUUCAAUUUAAUGGUGGAUAAUUGUAAAAAAUUUAAUGGUGAAGCUGCAGGUAUAUCAAAAAUGGCAACAAACAUACAAGCUCAUUUUGAAAAACAUAUGCUUAAUGUGCCACCAAAGGAAUUACCUGCUGGUGUUUCGGCCCCAAAGCUGAAAUCCGGUGCCAAUGAUGCUGCAAUUACCAGUAGAAGGAAAGUCGCUGCCGAAUCCAACUCACAACAUAGAGAUUCAGUAGCUACUGCCAGACCAAAAAGAACCAUUCAUCCACCAAAGUCCAAGGAAUUACCUUAUGAUGUAAGGCCAAGAAAAAAGAAAUUUGCUGCGGAAUUGAGAUUUUGUAACCAAACCAUAAAAGAAUUGAUGUCAAAGAAGCAUUAUAAUUACAACUUUCCCUUUUUGGCACCAGUUGACGCUGUUGCUCUCAAUCUUCCCAAUUAUCACGAAAUCGUCAAAGAACCAAUGGAUCUCGGCACGAUUCAAUCUAAGUUGACCAACAAUUUGUAUGAAAAUGCUGAUGAGUUUGAAAAGGAUAUCAGGUUAAUGUUCCGCAACUGUUAUGCUUUCAACCCUGAAGGGACUGAUGUCAACAUGAUGGGACACAGAUUGGAAGCAAUUUUUGACAAGAAAUGGGUCAAUAAGCCAGUACCAGAACCGACACCACAACAUUCAGACGCUAGUGAUUAUGAUUUCAGCAGUGAUGAGGAAGAAGAAAUCACCGAAGCAGUACUUUCGGAAGUGCCAGCAAUUCAGUUCUUAGAAAAUCAAUUGAUUAGAAUGAAGGAAGAAUUGGAUAAAAUGAAGGCUGAACAUUUGAAGAAACUAAGAGAGCAACAAGCUGCAAGACGGAAAAGAAAGAAAUCCCAGUCUGGCAAACGUGGAUCCAAGUCUAAGAGAUCUAGAGAACAUUCCCAUACCCCAUUAGGUCACCAAAACCAAAUCAAACUCACCCCACCACAACCUGUUGUCACGUAUGAAAUGAAAAAACAAGUAUCUGAAGCUGUUCCUACUUUAUCCGAUAAGAAACUAAAUGCAUUAAUCAAAAUCAUUCAAGAUGAUGUUCAAAUCACCAAUGAGGAUGAAGUUGAAUUGGAUAUGGAUCAAUUAGGCGAUUCAACAGUGCUCAAACUCUAUGACUUUUUAUUUGGUGAAAAGGCAUCACAAAAAUCGCUAAAGAGGAAAAAAUUACCAAGUGGUGGUGCCGGCAGUAGCGCUGGUGCGGCAAGUCUAGACGAAAUGGCUCAUUUGAGACAACAAUUGGCAUUGUUUGAUCAAGGUAAUGGACAAACAGCCGAACAACAAUUUGCCAACAAUGGUUUUAUGAAUAUAGCACAUGAAGAAAGCUCGGAUGAGGAGGCUGCUUCCUCUGAAAGCUCUGAAGAGGAAUAG